AUGGAAAUGGAAUGCGCUAAGCGAUUAUGGGGUAGGAGUGAACAAUAUGGCUUAAUGUACAAGUGGAUGAUAUCUGAUGGAGACUCAAAGUCUUAUUCAUCAAUAUGGAACAUAUAUGGAGCAUGUGACACUUACAAUUGCUUCGAGAAAAUGGAACCAACAUCUAAGGAGUACAUUUCAUGGACAGCUUCAAGUGAUCACAAAGAAUGGGAAGAGGGACAUCUUCAAGGAACUGCUGAUUGCAAUCGAGUUAUUAAACUUGAUUGCAUAGGCCAUGUGCAGAAACGUCUUGGAAAGGCCCUUUAUGAUUUCCAGAAGUCCACCACAAAACUGGAGGAUGGCAAACCUGUUAAAGGUAGGAAUGGAAGGCUGACCAAAACUGCAAUACAAAAACUUAAGAAAUAUUAUGGAAAAGCUGUCCGCAACAAUGUCAAUAGGGGCAUCCCAACAACUGAAGAACGAGACAGAGCUGUGGCAAACAUGAGAACAGAAAUAAAGGCUGGCCUUUAUCACUGUUUAAAGCUGCCAUUAAAGGAAAGACAUCAGUACUGCCCAUCAAACUCUUGGUGCAAGUAUGAGAAAGGUUUACCAUGUCCAGACAAACCUCAUCAUCUUGAUCCAGUUUUUAAAAAAUGUCUUGAACCAAUCUAUGAUAGACUGAGUGACCCUACCCUCCUUGCAAGAUGUUUGCCUGGCUACACACAGAAUUCAAAUGAAUCUAUAAAUGCUUUGGUGUGGAAUAAGUGCCCCAAGAGUAAAUGGCAUGGAAGAAAAAGAGUUCUGAUGGCAACAUGUUCUGCUAGUUUACACUUCAGCAGUGGUGCCUCCGUGAAGAACCAGGUCAUUUUGAAGGCUGGACUGAAUGUGGGGGACCAUACAAGGAAAGAAUUUAAGAGGAGAGAUUCUAAAAGAGUAAAACAGGCUGAGGCAAGAGUGGACAAACAGUACAAGAACUACAGAAUGAUGAGGAGGCAGGCAAAACAAAGGGAUGAAGAGCUGAGGUCCAACCGGGAAGGUGUGACAUAUGAGGCGGGAGGCUUCAAUGAUCUUGGACUGAACAGUGGACCAUCAAGAAAGAGAAAAAAAAAUGAACAGACAUAA